AAUUGUUACUAAAAGCAAAAUCUGUCAUUGUUUCCAGAUAUAUGUUUUCUCUUUACAUGGGAAUCAUGUCAUGUCCCGUGACUUCAAAUUUUUAAGAACAAUAUUAAAUCCUCGAACUUUUUCAGUUUGUACUCUAUUUUCUACCUCCUUCUCGUUGUUUAUUAUGAUCUCCUGAAUCUGCAGUGGAAGAAAUUAUGAGGUCAGCUCAAGAACCGAACCGGAACGGCGGUUUAAUGACUCCGUCGCCCCGGCCUAGAAUCCAAUCUCAGUUCCAGUCCACAGUUUCCGUGCAAAAAAACCGGCGGUUCAACAUUUUGAUUCUCGUUUUCCGGUUCGCUGCCUUUUGCUUCUCUCUUGCCUCUGCUAUUUUCAUGUACACCAACUCUCGUGGCUCUGGUUCUCCUCAGUGGUACCACUUCGAUGCUUUCAGGUUUGUUGCAAUUGCAGCUGCGAUUGUGGCUUUGUAUUCAUUGUUCGAAAUUGGAGCGUCAGUUUGGGAAAUUUCAAGAGGCGCCACUGUGUUUCCCGAAGUAGUUCAAGUCUGGUUUGAUUUCAGCCACGAUCAG